AUGUGUUCGCAGUCGGUGAGUGGUUCAAGUCUUUUGUCAGGUUAUAAUGAAGAUGAUGCUCGUGAGACCAGCGGACGGUCAAGAAGAGAAUUCGAAGAAAUCGAUUCUGUUUUAUACAAUGAAGAAAAGCCGAAGCGUUCUUCGAUUAAAAAGAUCUGUGAAGAAUGGUCAAGUAAACCACAUUUUCGAAUACGUGGUCGUUUAAGUCAUAUUGAAAGGCAAUCAACAAUAAAUGUAAUUCAAUCAUAUAAACAACUCGAUAUUAUUGGUAUCGAUACAACAACAUCGUCAACAAUUGAUCUAUUAGCUACUAAUCCAAAAUUUUCUAGUAUAAAUUCAAAUGAAAUAAAUGCUCUUGAUGGUGCUGCUUCUGGUCGUUCUUCGAUCGAUUCAAUCGAAGGUUCUGAAUUAAAUAAUUCUGAUUUAGAUGAUGAUGAUGAUGAUGAUGCUACGAAUACCAUAUUAGAUGAUCAUUUCAGUGGUACUGCUGCUGAUUCAUUCGAUACCGAUGAAGACGAUGAUGAAAAUAAUGACUUUUCACUUGGCAUAUUCACUCGUGAUCGUUCAAAACAUCGUCAUCAUCAUUUACAUUCUAAACAUCCACAAUUAUUAAUAAAAUGUAUGAAAGAUAGUAUUGUCAAUGCCUUAGCAUCAGAAUUACUUCAGCAGUUUCUUUCUGACCAACAACUACGUUUACAAGAAUAUGCCAAACUUAUAUGUGCAAGAAAUGCUAUUAAACUUAGACCAAAAUUACGACCAUAUUCAUUGCCACCACGUUCAUUAUCACAAAAUCGUUUUUCAUUACCUACAGCAUCGUCAAUUGCAGCAACAAGUGCUCUAUUACAAAUUGCGCCGUUUCCAAUUCGUUCGACACCUGAGCCAGGUAUGAAAUUAACUGGCCUACUACGUGUUACACCAUUACGUAUAACCAAUUCGGGAGCAGGCUCAAACGCUCCAACAUCACCAAGAAAAACUCAAAUGCCACCAUCAUUGCCUCCUCCUCCUCCUCCUCCACCACCUCCAACAGAAAGAACUCCAACUUCUUUAAUACUUGAUAAACGAAAUCAACAACAAAUAUCUUUAAUUGGUAUAUCUGUUGCUAAUCCUCCUUCACAUCAAUUAACCAUAGCUACAACACCACAAUCAUCUCAAAGUCAAAUUCGACAAACUCCCUCAACAUUUCGUUAUCGUUCAGCAACAACAGUGAAUACAAAUAUACAAAACAUAGAAUCAAAUACUCGUCUACCACCAAUAAAUAUCGAACGUUUAACAAGUAAUGAUCAAUUAACAAUCAAUCGGUCGAAUACAAGUACAACUGUUAUUGUCGAAUCAGUUCCACCAGCUGCGCGAGCUGUUAGUGGUACAAGUACAGGAUCAAAUCUUUCUUCAACAGUUAAAUUACGAGCACCUGCUAAUAUGGGAAAACUUCAACGGUCAUCUCGACCAAUAUCAAUAUCAUCAAUUAAUAAUAAUAAAGACUUGAAUAAUUCAUCAUCAACAAGUCCAGCUCGUUCAAUAACAGCAGCAAAUGUUUCAUCUUCAUCACUGAAGACCACUACUGUUAGUCGAACACAACAACAUCAUCAUCAGAAAAGACCUUUAGUAACAACGAAAGCUCCGCCGCCGCCUGGACCAGGCAUUAUUAAAGUACCUGCACCACAUAUUUUCUAA